UGUCGCUUUGUUCCCCUACCUUUUAUUUUGGAUUGGAAUUCAAUUAACCUUCUAUUUGCGAGACAGCGAGAUAUCCUACCGGAUAAUUAAAUCAAUAAAACAUCAAGAUGGCCAGAGGAGGGAUGCGUGGUAGAGGCGGCAUGAAUCGCAGCGUCGGCGGACGCCCUCCGUUCAAAGUGAAAAUGUUCCUGCCGAGGCACCCGUUCGAUCUAGCGCUAUGCGAAUCGUCGUUUUCGAGGACCAAACCAGCCCCCGAUGAUAGUUCGUUCACGCAGGCCUUGCUCAAGAGGAACUCCGAUUUGUCCCCCACGCCCGCCGAGCAAACUGCUAUUUUGAACUUGGUAACGAAAAUCCAGACGGUUCUGGACAAUUUGGUAGUAGCACCGGGGAAUUUCGAUGCUUGUCAAUUAGAUGAAGUUCGACAAGUAGGCUCGUUCAAGAAAGGUACGAUGGUCACCGGCCAUAACAUAGCCGACAUAGUCGUCAUCCUCAAGACACUUCCGACGAGAGAAGCGGUCGAAGCUCUAGGCAACAAAGUACGAGACGAUCUGCGAAACCUCAUGAAAAACGAGAUAGUCCAAAAAGGCGAACAACUACAGCACAUGACCAACGAACGGGGCAUCGAAAUAAGCAACUCGUUCGCUUGCGUGCGAGUCAUGGUCACCACGCUGCACCACAACAUCCGGAAACUCGAUCCCGAGAUCCAUUUGGAUCAGAAGAUAAUGCUGAGCCAUUUGGCGGCCAUACGUCACAGCCGGUGGUUCGAAGAGAACGCGCAUCAUUCCUCGAUUAAAGUCCUCAUAAGAUUACUGAGGGACGUGCGCAGCAGGAACGAAGGCUUCGAGCCGCUCACGCCUUGGAUGCUGGACCUCUUGGCGCAUUUCGCCAUCAUGCACAAUCCGAGCAGGCAGGCGUUGCCUUUGAACGUCGCUUUCCGGAGGGUAUUCCAGUUGCUCGCUGCCGGUUUGUUCCUGCCCGGCUCCGCUGGAAUCACGGAUCCUUGCGAAGGGGUUAGUUUAAGGAUACACACCGCUAUGACCCUCGAACAGCAGGAUAUUUGCUGUCUUACGGCGCAAUCGGUCGUCCGUGUGUUGGCCCAUGGCGGUUACAAACACAUUCUUGGGUUGGAAGGAAACGCGAAUAUAGCGCAAGAAUUGACGGUUUGGGAUGGAAUUGUGGUUUCUCCGUUGGAUAAAGCUUACGAGAAUCCACCGGAGAAGAAAGAGGGCGAGGAAGAUGAUGAAGAUAUGGAAGCGGAUGGCGAUGAGAGUAUGGAAACUCAAGAAACCUAGAUUUGUAUUUAUGAAUUAUUUAAGAUAAAUGUGUUUUCACUUACAAUUAGUUUUGUGAUUUGUAAGUUUCUGUCAUUAGUCCACUAAUUAUUCUUAGAGUUUAGUUAGAUUUUUGUAUUAUUGACGUAAAAU